UUCAAAUAGUUCAGAAUCAGAUAGCUCACAAUUGGAUAGUUCAAGGCCGGAUAAGUACAUUAAUGAAGAUUAUACCUCUUUAGCUGAACAAAUAAAAAAUAUGAAAGAAUGUAUCAAUAUAAUCUCGAAUAAUGAUAUUUUUUACAUCAGUAAUUUGUCAGAUUUCGAUUCUGAUCACAAUCAAGGUGUCAGUCAAGCCUUAUCUUCCAAAUUUGUCAGAUAUGGACCAACAUUAACUUCAAAAGCCUCAUUCUCUAAAGUCAUCGGAUCUGAUGCAUCAUUAAUUUCAAAAGCUUCUUCAAAAAAUCAACACCAAAAGGAACCAAUAACUCCAAUUAUUAUUAAUUCAGAUGAUGAUCGAUCAGAUAACGAUAGAAUUAAUAGGAACGAAAGAAGAAAUAUUCGGCAACCCGACAAUAAAAUAUGA